AUGGCCACCCAGAUGUUUGAGGGGAGAGGGCAUGCAGCUGUCUACCAGAAAUACAGGUUUGCACCUGGAGAAGAGCUGCAGAGAGCCAUCCUGACCUACCUGCAGGAGAAGAGAGCAAGCUCUCCUGAGCUGGUGGUGGAUGUUGGCUGUGGGACUGGACAAGGCACCCGCUUCCUUGCAGAGCACUUCAAGAAGGUGGUGGGAACAGACAUCAGUGAAGCACAGAUCCAGGAGGCCAGGGACACCUCCCCCUCUCCCGGCGUCUCCUACCUCGUGUGCCCUGCAGAGGAGCUGCCUUUUGAGGAUGCUUCUGUGGGCCUCCUGGCUGCCUUCACAGCUGCCCACUGGUUUGAUCUGGAGAAGUUCAUGAGAGAAGUGAAGCGGGUGGUGAAGCCGGGGGGUUGCGUGGCCAUCAGCACCUACACCCUGGACAUGAGCCUGCGCCAUGGAGACUGCUCUGAGAAGCUGACCAGGAUCUACAGGGAGGCCUGGGACCAGCUUUCCAAAUACUCCCACAGUAAAGUGAAGUCUGUCUUGGAGGACUACAAAGAGAUUUUUGAGGCCUUGCCGUUUUCAGACAAGAAGAGAAUCACAGAUAUCUAUGACAACAUUCCCAUGACAGUUGCUGGUGUGGUUGGUUACCUGGAGUCUGUCUCUCCAUAUCAAGUCUUUUUGAAGAGUGACCCUGAAGCUGCCAAAUCCCUCCUCCAAGACACUGAAAAGAGAAUGCUGGAGACAAUGGGAGUUUCUUCUUGUGAAACCCCAGUGGAGUUCUGGGUGAGGCAUGUCCUUGUGCUGGGCUGUAAGGGGCUGUGA